AUGGCGGCGCCGGCGGAAGCGCUGCCGGUCUCGCUCGCGGGCAAGUUUAAGGGGUCCUUUGCAUAUGAUACAAUUAAAGACAGGCUACCUCAAAUCCUGACCAAAGUUAUUGAUACUCUGCAUCGACAUAGAAAUAAAUUCUUUGAAGAACAUGGGGAAAAAGGUGUUGAAGCAGAAAAGAAAGCUAUAGCCUAUCUCUCCAAGUUGCGUAAUGAGCUGCAGACAGACAAGCUGUUGAUUGCUUUGAAUGAUUACCUGCCUGAUACUGCUCUGUGGAACCAGUACCUAGAAUAUCAGCGGAAUUUAUCAUAUGGACCACCAAGCUGGUUUAAAUCGCCUUGGUUAUAUGUAGAAUGCUACAUGUAUCGUAGAAUUCAUGAGGCAGUAGUUCAAAAUCCUCUUAUCAGUGAUUUUGAUGUAUUUAAUGAAGAAAAGGUACAUGGUUUCUUCGAAUCUCAGCAAGCUAUUAUAAUUUUAACUACAUACCUCCAAGAACUGCUGAAAAAUAUAUCAGACCUAGAUGAAAAACGUCUUCAGGAGGAAUUUUUUAUGCUUUUGCAGGUUUCACUCUGGGGCAAUAAGUGUGACUUGUCAAUUUCAGGCGGUAAAGAUAAUUCUCAGAAGUCAGAUCCCUUGCAAUCUCUGGAAGAGCUAAAAUCUUUUAUUUUGGUGGAUCAUAUGGAAAAGAUUUGGUCAUUGCUUAUAAAUGAGAAGAAAAAGAAUUCAUGGACCACUACUAGAAUUGACAUAGUCCUGGAUAAUGCUGGAUUUGAGCUUACUGCUGAUCUUGUACUAGCUGACUUUUUGGUAUCAUCAAAGCUAGCUACUGAAAUUCAUUUUCAUGGAAAAAGUAUUCCGUGGUAUGUUUCGGAUACUACAAAUCGUGACUUCAGUUGGACUAUUAAACAAAUGCAGUCAGCUAAUCACAAGUGGAUGUCUAAGUGUGGCAUGGGCUGGGAGGAAAAAAUGAAAAAUGGUAUUUGGGUUUAUCAUGAUCAUUUUUUCUGGACUUUGCCGCAUGAAUUUUCGAACAUGGCUGAGGUUGCUCCUGAUUUGUAUGCUGAGUUGCAGAAAGCAAAUUUAAUUCUUUUUAAAGGUGAUCUGAACUAUAGGAAGUUAACAGGUGACCGAAAAUGGGACUUCACAGUGCCAUUCCAUCAAGCCUUGAACAAUUUUCAUCCUGCCCCCCUCUGCAGCUUGAGAACAUUAAAAUCUGAUGUUCAGGUUGGAUUGAAACCUGGGCAAGGUGAACAUCUUAUGAAUAUAGAACCUGAAUGGAUGAUAAUUGGGAAAUAUGGUGUAGUACAGUUUGAUUCUGCUUCAUGAUUGGCUUAAAUGAUUUGAAGGAUAACGCUGUGCUAAAUG